AUGACAAAGUUUAUUCAUAUGUCCAUCGUCCUUCAGCCUAGUUGGGACUCUAGGUUUCCUUUGUCCGAUUCUGUCAAAGAAGAGCUUUUUUUCUGGAAAGAGAACGUUCGGUGUUUGAAUGGGAGGCCCAUUGGGCGUCACUUUUCAUGUUCUCGUUCCAUUGUUUAUUCAGAUACUAGUGACCUAGGGGUUGGCGGUGUUGUUAAAGACCACCAGGGUGUUAUUUGUCAUCUUCCGUGGACUGCUAAGGAAAUGUUUCGCAGCUCCACGUGGCGUGAGCUUAAGGCAGUCUAUAUUUGUCUCUCUAGUUUUUCCGUAGUUUUGUCAGGGCGCGCAGUUCAAUGGUUCACGGAUAACCGCAACAUUCCGUCCAUUAUUCGCAACGGGAGUAUGAAGCGGGAUUUGCACGAAAUUUCCCUUUCUAUUUUUCAACUAGUUUUGCGAAAUGGUAUUGAUUUGCAGGUGGACUGGAUUCCUAGGUCUCUCAAUGAGCACGCUGAUGCCAUAAGUAGGAUCGUUGAUUUUGAUGACUGGGGUGUUUCGUUUGAAUUUUUCCACCAUGUAGACAACAUUUGGGGUCCACAUUCCGUAGAUCGUUUUGCCCAUUCCCAUAACCGCAAAUUACCCAGAUUCUUUUCCCGUUUCUGGAAUCCUGACUCGGAGGGGGUGGAUGCCUUUUGUUUUGACUGGGCGGGGGAGAAUUACUGGCUUGUUCCCCCAGUGUCCCUUGUUCCCCGGGUUAUUAGGCAUUUGUUUGUAUGUAGGUCUAUGGGCACUCUUAUUGUCCCCAAGUGGGUCUCGGCUCCAUUUUGGCCCAUGCUCUUUGGUCCCCAUUCCCCCUUUUCCGUUUGCGUUAAAGAGACCAUUGUUUUUACCAAUGUUUCUAAUAUUUUUGUUCCGGGCUCUACAGAGUCUAUUUUUGAUGGCCCUAAAUUUAAGUCUCAUGUAUUAGCCGUCCGUUUGUCGGCUUGUUAGUUUUGUUCUUCUAGGCUUAGUUUCCUUUCCGCAGUUACGUGUAGUUACCUUGUUUAGCCUAUAUUAAAGUGUGGUUUAUUAUUUUGAGUGAUUUGUUCUGUUUUUUCUUUUGCCUCGGUGGCAUUUAUGCGGGUCUCGGUGACCUUGUUUGUACCUUCACUGAUCCCGACGGGUCGUACCGUUACAUUUUUGUGUGACCUCGGUCAGUUUUUAAUCCUUCCAGGUCCCCCAUAUAUAUGGUCGAGUGCGCCUCGGUGGUCGCUCUCUUGUUAUCUUAUGUACCUGUGUGAUAGUUAUAUCUACAUAAUUAUUACGUGCGUUUCCUUUUACCGCUCCUUUUUUUUCUCGUGCAUCUUUCCUUUUUUAAGUCCUUACAUUGAAUCCAUAUGGUCUUCUAUUUCUUCUGUAUUUUCAGAUGUUUUCGCUAGCCCUAUGUGGACUGAGCUUAACGAUGUCAAAGCUCCCUCCCUACGCUGCUUAGCAGAAAAGCUACCGGAGAUAGUCCUUGGUUCCAGGGCAGAUUCCACUACUCUCACCUACCUCAACGGUUUUAAGCGAUGGCGUGCUUGGGCCAACAGAUUUCCCGAGAUCGCAGUGCUGCCUGCUACUGCGGUUUAUGUUUCUUUAUACCUGCUCAGUGUUCUCCAAGCUUCUAGUUCUCCUGCGCCGGUCCAGAACGCCUUCUAUAGCAUUCGCUGGGCUCAUGAUAUUGCUGGUUUCGACUCUCCUACCAAUCAUACACUUCCCCUGAAGGUCGUGGAGUCCGCUAAGAGAAGGCUACUACACCUUACUUCCAAAAAGCUCCCCAUUACACCCGAAAUUUUACAAAAGUUGUUUCAGAGUCUCGAUGGAUCUUUGGUGGACACAAGAUUCAUGGCCAUGGCGUUAUUGGCCUUUGCGGGGUUCUUAAGAUUUGAUGAAUUGGCUAAUCUGAAGCUUAAGGAUUUAGCGCUGCAUGACACUCAUUUUGAACUUUUUAUAGAAAGCAGUAAAACUGAUCAAUAUCGCGAGGGCGCUAUUGUCCCCAUUGUCAAGUCUGGCACAGAUCUUUGCCCCUGGGGUAAUUUAGAGAAGUAUUUAUCGCAAGCCAAACUCAGGUUACCGACGUCUUCCCAAGGUGGAGACGACUAUUUGUUCGGAAAUAUUCAAACCAAGUCUGGCUCUCAGUCCAUCCGCCCAGGCUCCAAACUGUCUUAUACAAGAUGUAGAGAAGUUUUACUGAAGAAGAUUGCAGACGUAGGCUUAGAUCCUAAGUCUUUCUCUUGGCAGAGCUUCAGAAGUGGCGGUGCAUCUGCCGCCGCUAAUGGUGGUAUCUCUGAUAGAAUGUUUAAGCUCCACGGUAGAUGGCGUUCGUAA